CUACCCAACUGGGACGAUACUGGAGAUAUCCCAGUGGAGACACUCGCACGAUUCGAGAAGGACGUGAAGCGGACCGACACCGGGUUCUUGGCGAUAGCAACAGAGGUGGAGAAUGACGGAGAGAAAGCCUCGAAACCUCCAGAAAAAAUCAAGGAAUUACUGAAGGAGUUCCAAGACAUUCUUCCUGACGAUCUUCCGAACGAGCUACCGCCAUACCGAACGCAUCAACACGAGAUCGUGGAGGAACCGGGUUCGAAGCCGACCUUUCGAGCACCAUACCGGCUCAGCCCUACGGAGCUGACUGACAUGAAAAAACAGAUCGAGUAUCUCCUAGCCAAAGGACUCAUCCGGCCAUCCACUUUGCCGUACGGUGCCCCAGUACUCUUCACACCGAAACCGGACGGAAGCCUGCGCAUGUGCAUCGACUACCGAGCUCUUAACAAGCAGACCAUCAAGAAUAAAUAUCCGAUAUCGCAAAUCGAUGACCUGCUUGACCAGCUUCGGGGAGCUACGGUAUUUUUCAAACUGGAUCUGCGGUCCGGAUACUGGCAGAUACGGAUGGCGGACAACUCUAUCCACAAAACUGCUUUCCAAACUCGGUACGGAUCGUACGAGUAUUUGGUAAUGCCGUUCGGACUCACGAACGCACCGGCAACAUUCCAAGCCGAAAUGAACCACAUUCUACGACCACUUCUAGACGAAUGCGUGGUGGUGUACCUGGACGACAUUCUCAUCUACUCGCGCGACAUGAAGCAGCACGUCGAACACCUGCAACGUGUCUUCGAAAUUCUUCGACGGGAACGAUUCUACGUCAAACUGUCCAAGAGCGAAUUCGCCCUUGAAAAGGUCCAGUUCCUAGGACACAUGGUGAGCGCUCGAGGAGUUCACGUCGACCCCAAGAAAAUCGAGGCUGUACGCAUGUGGAAGACGCCCGAGAACGUGAAGGAGUUGCAGCAGUUCCUAGGCUUCGCUAACUACUACAACAGGUUCGUGCCACAGUAUGCGAAAAUCGCAGCACCACUCACAAAUCUGCUGAAGAAGAACACGCCCUAUAAAUGGGAACCAAAGCACCAGGAAGCCGUGGAGCAGCUGAAACAAGCACUCACGUCCGCACCGGUACUCAUCUUGCCAGAUCCCGAACGGGACUACGUAAUCGAAGCUGACGCCAGCGACCAGGCAGUGGGGGCAGUCUUAAUGCAAGACCAGGGGAAUGGACUGCAACCGAUCGCCUACCUCAGCAAGAAACUACACGGAGCAGAACUAAACUACCCGAUACACGACAAAGAGGCCCUUGCCAUCGUCAUCGCCUUCAAAGCAUGGAGAUGUUAUCUUGAAGGACGAAGAACAACCGUCUACACCGACCACUGCAGCCUGAAAUAUUUGAAGACACAACCCAAUCUUUCCAGGCGGCAGGUCCGGUGGAUCGACUUCCUCGAGACACACUUCCACUACGACAUCGUGUACAAGCCCGGCCACAAAAACAAAGCAGAUGCUCUUAGCCGGCCUGCACACGUUGCCGCCAUUCAGAUUGAAGGGAUGAAUCCACUACUCAAGGGACUCUUCACACACGGUGACAUCGCGUACCGGAAAGGAUCAACAAAAAUCUGGGUACCCAAUUACCCUCCUCUGCGCCAGUUACUACUCGAAGAAUACCACGACGUCCUGUACGCCGGACACUUCGGUAGCAACAAGACGCUCACCGGUAUCGCCAAACACUACUACUGGCCCCAUAUGGCAGACGACGUCCAGAAAUUCGUCACAUCGUGUGAUACAUGUCAGCGGAUGAAGAGCAGCAAGCAGAAAAAGGCGGGACUACUGCAGCCUCUUCCUGUCCCAGAACAGCCAUGGCAAGUGGGUAGCCUCGACUUCAUCACCGGGUUACCACCUACCACCAGCAGUCAUGACGCAAUCCUUGUCGUCAUUGACAAGUUCUCCAAAAUGGGACACUUCAUCCCGACACACACGACGACACGCAUCGAAGAGACAGCACAGCUCUUCGUUCGUCACAUCAUCUCACAGCAUGGCAUCCCAACCACACUCAUUUCCGACCGAGACCCCAAGUUCACCAGCAAGUUCUGGAAGGAACUUAUGUCUCUCCUCGGGACCAAACUCGCCAUGUCAUCUGCUUACCAUCCGCAGACAGAUGGACAGACCGAGCGCCUCAACCAAAUUGUUGAGCAACUCCUCCGAGCAGCCUGCAAGGACGAGAUCUCCAAAUGGGACUUGCACCUGCCCGUACUAGAGUUUGCUUACAACAAUGCUACACAUGCCGCUACUGGACAGACGCCGUUCUUCCUCUGCUACGGACGCCACCCACUCACACCACAGAAACCGACAGCAUCAGCUAGAGUCCAACCAGCACAUGAUUUCAUCACAACCAUGCAUCAGCUUUGGGAUCGGACCCAUAAGCGCCUCCUCGACAUUCAGCAGCAACAAAAGCGCCAGGCCGAUCGCCAUCGCAACGACCACACCAUCACGGUGGGAGACCAGGUGCUUCUUGACACCCGCAACCUGGACAUCAGCCACCUCCCAUCUAAACUUCGACCUCGCUUCUGCGGGCCUUUUCUCGUUGAAGCACAGGUCACUCCUGUUACCUUCUGCUUACGCCUGCCCGCUACCUGGAAGAUUCACAACGCCUUCCAUGUCCAACUUCUGAAGCCCUUUCGGGACCCGAACACGAUUUUCGUGGGACGCCAACCGCCGCCGCCACCGCCCGUCCUCGUCCAGAAUGAACCCGAGUACGAGGUCAAGUCCGUGCUCGCACACCGCCGUCGUCGGAAUGGCACCGUGGAGCUUCUCAUCCGUUGGAAGGGUUAUGAUCCUUCUGAGGACAGCUGGGUACCUGAGUCCGACAUGGGUAACGCCCGUCGUCCUCUGCAUGACUACCUUAGCCCCUUCCCUCUCAGGUAGCCGCUAUUUCUUGACAAUUG